AUGUCUGCCACGUAUCAGACUCUGACGCUCGUAAUUUGCAACAAAGGGAGUGACAAAAAUAGUCGACUGCAAACUACAGGUUUUCAUCGAAUGCGAAGUUAGAUCAGGAAGCAGAUUGCACCCUUAACCACUAUACCAGACUAACGGACCGCUGAGGUGAGCCUUUGAACGAAACAAGAAAGUAAACAAGCUUAACGGGAAGAAGUGGUUGCUGCUUGCAUUGAACGACCGAUUAACCGGAUCACGAUGCAACGAUGUCUGAGCGGAAAAAAUAUCAUGUUCGAGAAAUUCCUGGAAUCGCUCGAGGUUUGCCAAGAUAACGGGAUGUUUAAGAAACACGAUAACCUUGUCUGAAUAGCAAUUCACUAUUUUGAGGGAAGAGGGGAUUUUAUCAAAGCUUUCGUCUUGAAGAUAAAAUCAGCAACCUACCGAUAUAACUGGAAACAGGCUAAGAGACUGCUUGUUUCGGUUAUAACAUCUCACCUUCCAGUCGAAUAUUCGGAUGUCAUAAAAGCAAUAGCCUACUACUCACUUGUGGGUCACAUGAGAAGAAAAGAAAGAUACAGAAAGUCAAAAACAAAUCAGUUGUUAAAACUUCUUAAACGUAGCGAAUAUCUAUGCGCAAUUACGACUUGCCUGAGAAUUGGGCUGAGCUCUACCUGAACUACGGCUGCGUUUGGAUGGAUUACAUGAGCAAUCUUCCGCUUGACAAGAGAAAAGUUGUACUAGAGAUAGUGAUGGAGUGCUUUCGCACAGCCAUCUGUUACAGCAACCAAGAUCAUCGGAGGAGAGUUCGGAUGAAAAUACAAAGCCAGGUCCACCUCAUGGUUGUAAUGAUAUACCUAGAUUAUUAUUCAAACUUCGCACUGGCUCAAGAAAACCACAUUCCACCAAAUGAUAUUAAAGAAGCUGAAAACCACCUUCGCAUUAUCCAGUCCAAUUUCAGUGACACUAUCCCCAUGGCUACAAGGAUCCUUCUUAUGAAGACCCAAUCAGAUCUGUUUUAUCACAAGGGACAAUACCAACUAGCCAAAGAAAAGGCUGAGGAUGCUUUCAAGUGCGCUUCCCGCCUUGGCUUCAACACAGAGUUGAACACCUUGCAAGAAAGAAUAGAUUUCUGUCAAAAGAAACUUGAAACAGUAUGCGACCAGAUAUUGUCAGUUGAUGUUUUCGAAGAUUAUAGCACUCUUCAGGAUACACAGCAGGAAAUUGAAGGUAUACUGCAAAUCAACCAAGACACAAACAAGGUGGUUAAGGAAGUUUUCAAAACUCAACAAGAGGUACUUCUGAAGCAACAAGAAACUGCUGAAAAAGUACACCAGACCCAACUAGAAGAUUGUGACACACUUCAGGAUAUACCGCAAGAGAUCCAAGCCCAGGGCCUUAGGGCUGAAGCUGCCUUUAAAGAAGCCAUGGAAAAAGGAAGUGUAGAAGUUUACCAUGGUCUCUUAGAAUGCUACGGAACAGUAUCCAGCUCUUCAAGUUUAACAUUCCUUCUGAAGAGAUUCCUCUAUCCUUACACAGAGUAUUAA